ACCCAGGAGGACCAACAGCAGAACCUCCUGGAAGGAAGAUGCUGCAGACCUGCUGCUGGGAGGAAGGAGGAUCUGGACAAGCAAGGAGAAGGAGAUCAAAAGGAGGAGAUCUUUCCCUUCAAAUAAAAGAAAAAAUAGAAAAAUUAUUUUUCUCUUGGAUUAAAAAACAUUUUUAUUGUUAAUAAAGUUUCAGGUCUUUUCUUCCCUGAAUGCCAGUUUCCUCCUGGAGGCUCCUUUAAGGUCCAACUAUCAGCCGACCUCCCCCUCCUCCUCUUCCUCCCUCGGUCCCCUCGCUCCUCUCAGGAAUAUUUUUCCAUUUCUCUGGCUGCUCUCCUGGUCCCUCCCCCAUCUGGAUGCUCGGCUGCUUUUCUUCUCAGUUUUUUCUCGGAUCUUCAGCAGAUCCUGGUUCCAGACGAUCGGACUGUUUUCAUGAAGGGAACCUUUUCUGAGCGGCCAGCUGUUUGCUGAUAGCACCAUGCAGACCUCCUGCUCCUCUGCCGUCCUGCAGCUUCUAGGCCUCCUGAUUGGACUGGGCAGCUCUCUGGAUCCCACAGACCCCAAUGUGUGCAGCCUUUGGGAGAGCUACACCACCUCAGUGAAGGAGUCCUACUCCCAUCCUUAUGACCAUGUGAUGGAGGUGCCGUGCUCGGACCCGCGGACGUCCUACCGAUGCCAGAAUCACAGGAUCACCUACAGAACAGCCUACAGGCAGGCGGUAAGGACCCAGUACCGCAGGAGGUACCACUGCUGUCCGGGCUUCUAUGAGAGCCGGGGCCAAUGUGUCGCUCACUGCACCAAGGAAUGCGUCCACGGUCGCUGCGUCGCUCCAAACCGCUGCCAGUGUGAGAAAGGAUGGCGAGGAGGCGACUGCUCCAGCUCCUGCGAUGAAAAACACUGGGGUCCAGAAUGCAGCCAGGUGUGCAAAUGUGAAAACGGAGCCCACUGUGAUCCUGUGAAGGGGUCCUGUCAGUGUCCUCCCGGGUUCCUUGGAUCCUCCUGUGAGGACGCCUGUCCAGCUGGGACCUUUGGGAAGGGCUGUCUGCAGAGCUGCAGGUGUAAGAACGGAGGGUCCUGUGACAGAGCAACUGGAGAAUGCACCUGUCCGCUCAGCUUCACCGGGACUUUCUGUGAGAAGACGUGCAGAAAGAGAUGCCAGCCGCGGUGUUCCUGCCAGAAUGAUGGCCACUGUAAGGGCAAAGGGGUCUGCGCCUGUCCGUCUGGAUGGACGGGUGCUGUCUGCACGGAACCAUGUCCUGAUGGGAAGUUUGGACCAAACUGCACAGAGGAGUGUGUUUGCCACAAUGGCGGUAAAUGUGACCCUUUAACUGGACACUGCCAAUGCAACGCAGGGUUCACUGGGGACAGGUGUCAGGAGGAGUGCGCUGCAGGAACCUAUGGCCAGGACUGCAAAGGUGUGUGUGACUGUGCCAACGGUGCACGGUGCUUCAACAUCGACGGCGGCUGCCUGUGUGAGCCGGGGUUCAGGGGGCCUCAGUGCAGGAACCCGAUGUGUCCGCCGGGGAACUAUGGGGUUCACUGUGAGCAGAAGUGUCUCUGUGAGGAGAAGCACACUCUGAGCUGCCACCCCAUGAAAGGAGAGUGCACAUGCCAGCCGGGCUGGGCGGGGCUGUUCUGUAAUGAGACGUGUCCUCGCGGGUUCUACGGUCCCGGCUGCGUGGAGCCAUGUCUCUGUGUGAACGGGGGCAUGUGUGACGGCGCCACGGGACGAUGCCAGUGUCCCCCCGGCUUCAUGGGUGUACACUGUGAGAGUCCCUGUAAGGGCACCACCUAUGGGAAGAACUGCUCCCUGAAGUGUUCCUGUGAGAACUUCAUUGACUGCUCCCCGCUGGAUGGAUCCUGCUUCUGCAAAGAGGGCUGGCGGGGGCCCGACUGCUCGGCCCCUUGUGCUCAGGGCACCUGGGGCCCCGGAUGCAACUCCACCUGCCGCUGCUCCAACGGGGCCACAUGCGACCCGGCGGAUGGAUCCUGUUCCUGCUCAGCUGGAUGGCGGGGGGCCCAGUGUGAGCAGCCGUGUGGGGUGGGCACAUUUGGGCCGGGCUGCCUGAAGAGGUGCGACUGUGUCCAUGGCAGCGGCUGCCAGGCAACCAGCGGGGAGUGCGACUGUCUGCCAGGCUGGAUGGGGCCCCGCUGCAGUGACCCUUGUCCAGAAGGCCAGUGGGGCCCCCACUGCAACCACUCCUGCUCUGAGCACUGUCCCAACAGCGACACAUGUUUGAGAAAAACAGGGGAGUGUGUCUGUCGCCCAGGGUACAGCGGCGCCGCCUGUCAGAACACCUCCUCAGAGAAGGCCGACAGCGUCAUGGUCCCUCUGCCUCCAGGAGAGAAGGAGUCAUGGGGGGCCAUCGCAGGCAUUGUGGUGCUGGUCCUCCUGGUCGUCCUGCUGCUGGCUCUGCUGCUUCUUUACCGCCGCCGGCAGAAGGACAAGCAGAGCAACACGCCAACCGUGUCCUUCUCCAGCAGCCGCACCGUCAACUCAGAAUACGCCGCCCCAGAUGUUCCUCACAGCUACCACCAUUACUACUCCAACCCCAGCUACCACACCCUGAGCCAGAACCGGCCCCCGCUCCCUCACCUCCCCAACAAUCACGACCGCAUCAUCAAGAACACCAACAACCAGCUGUUCUGCAGCGUGAAGAACGCAGCCAGGGAGCGCCGUAGCCUGUUUGGGACAGAGAGCAACGCCACCCUGCCUGCAGACUGGAAACACCAUGAAACCCGCAAAGACUGCGGAGCGUUUGGCAUCGACCGAAGCUACAGCUACAGCGCCAGCCUGGGAAAGUACUACAACAAAGAGCUGAGGGAUUCUGCGGCGGCGAGCAGCGGUUCCCUGAACAGCGAGAAUCCUUACGCCACCAUCAAGGACCUGCCCAGCCCGCCGCUCUAUCCUCCAGAGAGCAGCUACAUGGAGAUGAAGUCGGCCCUCCCCCGAGAACGAGCGUACACCGAGAUCACCCCCCCGCCGUUCAGCAUGGCCACCCUGUGCAGAGAGCGGCAGAGUUCCCUUGGUCACGCUCGUCAUCCAGACCCCCAGAGCCACUAUGACCUCCCUGUGAACAGCCACAUCCCCGGGCACUAUGACCUGCCCCCGGUUCGCCGGCCGCCAUCGCCCAACAGGACUCUUCAGAGAGAGUAGGAGAGUGGAAGGACUCCUCUUCCUCACUUUGGGACCACGGACUCAGAAGCUGUUUUAGAGCAGCACUGCCCUCUAACGGUCAUCAGAUGGUACUGCUGUCUCCAACAGCCAGCGAUGAAAAAGCUGAAGUUAGAGGGGCAUCAUUAACCCCCCCCCCAUAAAACUGAGAAACGUCUCCAGCUUUUUUUUUUUUUUUUUGUUCUGGGAUCAAAAACAUAAAAUCUGAGCUUUAUUUUUAGCUUUGCUGUUUGAAAACAUCCCUGAAGCCAAAUGAGGUGUCAAUCAUCAGGGUCCAUGUUCACCCUUUGAAGCUAAAGAGACUUUAAAUAUAAAAUGAUCAGCCAGAGAAAAACUUCACAGGAUCUCAGGAGCAGCUCAACUUCCUGUGAGCCAGGAUUGGACAGUCACCGAGUCCCGGUUUGGAAGGAGCCGAGUCCUGCUGAGGCAUUGAUGCUUCAUCAGCAACUUAUGAACAUUUGACUAGUUGGAACAGAUUUUAUUAAUCCUUCAUUUUUUUCUCUCUGUUUCAUCUUCUGGAUCAAACACAUCCCAGAUUGAAAGGUUUCCAUUAGGGUUCGGGUUCAGGUUAGCCCUAACCAUCGCUGGAGAACUGAACUUAGUUUCUCAUUGAGGGUCUGAUCAGAACGGCUCUCAGUUCUUCUCUACCAAUUAGGAAAUUACAUCAUUACUUUUCUUCUUGGAGGCGACAUUUAAAGUCCAAGCUGUAAAACUAUGUUUCUCUGCAAACAGUGAAACUCUGACAAUCUAAAUGUUAACAGCUGGUAGUUUCACUGAGCUACUUUAUACAAACAAGCGGCGAUGAACUGAUCUCUCUGGGAGCCCAAGGAAGGUAUGUGAAUAAACCCAAUUUAAAAGAAAUGACCUGAAAAAAUGAGCCAUGGCUCCUUUAAAGAGCAUCACCAACCUACAGCUGGAAGACAUGAGACUCCAGGUGCUUCAGAGCUCCAGAGAUUUCAGCUUCAUUUGAAAGUUUUUAGUUAUCUUUAAAUAUUUAGUCUUAAGAUCACUUUUAGGCCUUUAUUUUGUAGGCAGACAGGAAAUGGAGGGCGAACACAGGCGGUCCCCAGGCCGGGAUUGAACCAGUGACUAGAAAGUUGCACAUGGGUCACACCUUUAACCCCGGCUGCACAAUUUCUCCAGAAAAAUCAACACUUAACUUUCUCCUUUUCCAUAAAGACGGUUUGGGAACCUGAAGAAAUUCUUCCCAUUUUCUGUGUUUGGUCUGAUUAACUCUUGAUGCCACUUAAGGCAUUUCUGGACUUUGUUCGACUUGUAUUGAUUUUUGCUUUUUUAAUCAAUAUCUCUGAAGCUUAAUCUCACCCUUUGGAAACAUUUAUCACAGGUUUGUCUUUUAUACCUUUCUGAGACUUUCUACAGGUUGUCAGUCUGUCAUUUUGGGGAUGUUAACUACAAAGGUCAGUUUUUCCUUCGUAAUAAAGAAGCUUCAGCUCUGAAUCUUAAAGUCGACCAUUAGAAACAAAACGACUGAAUGAAAAGUUCUGGAUUAAUGGAUCUGUGUGACCACCAGGGGUCAGCAGACUGAUUUUUCCAGGUCCACCUGAAUGUACUCUGCUGUAAAUAUUCUUAUUUUAUUUUGAAAUGUAACCAGUUCCAGAUAAAAUUUUGUAUAAAGCAAAUAAAAGUGUUCUGGCUGUUCUGAUGAA